AUGCCCACAAUGCCGGGCUUGCACAGAACCUAUCCAAAUACCGGUGGCAGUGUGAUGCUCCCAUUGCGCAUAGGAGAUAACUACGAGCCUGAAAUCAUGAUCUGUGGCGGGGGACAGGUCCAGGCCUCAGACAGCCUGUGUGAUGCCUCUUGUGGGAGGUUGAAACCAACCAGCCAGAAACCAAUAUGGCAAAUGACUGCAAUGCCGCAACCUCGGGGCAUGGUAGAAGGAGUUCUUCUUCUCGACGGGAAUGUCCUUUGGAUCAAUGGAUGUCAGGCGGGAGCACAAGGGUUCGGACUGGCAACUGCCCCAGCGUCGGAAGCUUUGAUCUAUGACCCAAGGACCAACUCAUGGUCGGUCUCAGGAAGGACGACGAUCGCUAGGCUGUAUCAUUCUGUUGCCAUGAUGCUUCUGGACGGGACGAUACUGAUUGCUGGAAGCAAUCCAAACGAACAGCCGCUCCUGGAAACUGAGGUUGAAGUUCACGAUCAGUCCAAAGCAUUCCCGACAGAGUUUAGGGUGGAGAUAUACACACCGUCGUAUCUGAGAGGAGACUAUCCUUCCAGAAGGCCCACCAACAUACGACUAUCGAGCUUGGAACUGCAGCUUACGACUCACUUUUCCCUUGAAUUCGACUUCCAGAACAUGAGCUUGUCCACUCUGGAUGUCAUCCUGUAUGCGGGUGGGUUCGUCACGCAUUCUCUGCACAUGGGACAGGUAAUGGUCUACCUUGACCAUACUGGCUGGGUAGAUGCUGGAGAUAACAGCAAGAGGGUUGAAGUAGAGAUGGCUGAUGGAAUCAAACUUGCACCGGGACCCUACGUGGUAUACGUCGUCGCAAACGGGGUUCCAGGGGUUGGUCAGUUUGUCACGGUGAAGGUGUAA